UACAAACAUGGCGUAUCUCAAAGCAAUACCUAAACCCCAAAAUCCAAACUCUGAGUCAAUCAUCAUCUUCUUCUUCUUCUUCUUCUUCUUCUUCAGUGUACUGUGCACGUACGGAAAAUCGUCAGAUUGUUGUUUCGAAGAGCGGAAUGGUUUAUAUAACUUCCUGGGACGAGUUCGCCGACCGAACUCUGCAAUUGUUCCGUGCCGAUCCUGAAUCUACCCGAUAUGUCAUGAAAUACAGACAUUGCGAUGGAAAAUUGGUUCUCAAGGUCACUGAUAAUCGAGAGUGUCUGAAGUUUAAGACAGAUCAAGCACAGGAUGCUAAGAAAAUGGAAAAGCUCAACAAUGUGUUUUUCACUUUGAUGGCUCGGGGUCCUGAAGCGGAUACAUCAGAAGCUACCGGAAAAGAGCCUGUGGAUGCACAGUCAACCAAGAAAGGAAGAGGAAGGAAACAAUAAUUUUGUUGGCUAAUAAAGAACAGUUACUUUGACAAAUCUCGUUUGACUCAUGGAUUCCUUUCAAAAGGGGGGAAAAAAAUUGCUUGCCAAUUUUUGCACUGCCAUUCAGACAAGUCCACGAUAGUCUCUUGAUUUCUUUUCUUGUGGCUCACAAAAAGCUAUUGAUUUGCAAUGUUGGGUCUUGCUUUUCUCUUGGAUAUAAGAGCAUUUAUAGUUAUACUCUUUACUAGCUCUAACUUCGGUUAUAUUACAUCUA